CUCGAUUCCUUUUUGUCAUCCCAUCUCUAAAGUGUCGUAGUAUUAUUUAGUAGUUAGUGUCGGCCAAUUCAGUCCAAUCCCUUUAGUUAUUUUUAUAAUAAAUGUAUAAUUGCUUAAUUAAUCAACGCUGGGGUGUACGUACUAAAGUUUUCAACAAAACAAAUGUUUCAAUUUAUCUUUUUGCAUAGAUCUGAACACAGUUAUAUUCAUGAGAACUUGGUCGUGAAAAUAAUUAAUUAUAUAUAUAUAUACAUCAAAAUUUGCUCUAUAUUCUUUAACAUUAUUGAUAAAGAAAAUUCUCUCUCAGUGAAUAUUUAUAAUAAUACAUGACAUGAGAUAACUUUUACCUGAAAAAAGAGAGCACCUAUCGAUCUUUCAAAGAGUUAUCAUGUUACUUAAAGCCAAUUCAGCAGAACGAUAUAUACACAUCCACAUACAAAUUUAAUACAGACUAUAAUUAGCCUGUAUUUAUUCUAUUGAUUUCAAUAUUUUGUAAACUAAGAAAAAUGUGACUUAGUUCAUGACAUAUAACAAUAUUUUCGUUAUUGGUGUUUCAUCUAAUCAUCUUAUGUAUACACCAAAAGUAAGUUAAACCAAUUGUUAUAAUUUUACCGACUGUAUAACACAAUCAUUCCAUAUUUAGUAUUGUUAUAUAGAGCGCACAGUACAUAAUAUGUUUACCAGAAAGAAAGAAUCACAAUGAAACUUAUGAGUUAAGCAAGUAGACACACUCCCGCUCCUCCACCUUCUCAAAACCCUAAGCAAAUAUUGCAUAAAAUAUAUAAAACAAAAAGAGUCUCACAAUUACAUUGUGGACACACUCAAAUCUUAUUUUAUUCAUCUAUACAUAAUUGAUAUAAUAUUCAAACAUAUUCCAUGUUUAUACAUGUGCAUGUUUAGAAUAAAGGGCUUUCCUUACCUUUGCCUUCUCUCUCUUUCGCUAAGCUCUUCUCUACUCUUCUUUUCUCUCUCUAAAGCUCUUUCCUUUGUUUUUAUUGAUGUAGUUCUCCACUUCUUCAUAGAAGUCUUCACCAGAAAAAAAGAGAGUUCCAUCUUUAAUUCCUUCAUUUGCUCAGAAAAGUUAAGGAGAAAAUAGAUCAUCAAAGAAGAAAGAUCAAAGAUGGUUUUUUCUUCAUUCCCCACUUAUCCUGAUUCAUCAAACUGGCAACAACAACAUCAACCAAUCACAAGCACCGUUGGAUUCACGGGAAACAACAACAACAUCAACCAGCAAUUUUUCCCUCACCAUCCCCUACCACCGCAACCACAACAAACUCCUCAACCACUUCACCACAACGGUAACGGUGCAGGCGGUGGUGGUUCGGGUGGACCUAGCGGAUUAAUCCGGCCAGGUUCGAUGGCCGAAAGGGCAAGGCUAGCUAACAUACCACUGCCUGAAACAGCCUUAAAAUGUCCAAGAUGUGACUCUAGCAACACCAAAUUCUGUUACUUCAACAACUAUAGUCUCACUCAACCUCGCCACUUCUGCAAAUCCUGCCGUCGAUACUGGACAUGUGGGGGAGCUCUAAGGAGCGUUCCUGUUGGUGGUGGUUGUCGUAGAAACAAAAGAACCAAAAAUAGCGGCGGUUGCGGCGGUAGCAGCUGUUGGAUAAUUCCAAGCUUGUGGAAACUUAACAUAUUAUUAGAUGUUUAAUAUGUUAAGAUAAACACAAUAAGGAAACCUAAAAAUAGGAAAAAGAAGUUUCUAUUUAGGUUAGGUUUGUG